AUGAACAGUGAGGAACAAUUAUCCACCACUAUUUCAAACACAUCAAAAAUAAAACCUGCUACUGCAACUAUUAUUGAUUCUAUUUCCUCUGCAGCUAAAAACUCAAGCACUUCUACAAAUAUUUAUUACAACAUCAAAAAAGUUCCUAGCUCUUCAACUACAAGAUCUUCGUUGUCGGCCCCAUCCUCUACCUCAUUCUCCUCAUCCUUGUCCAACUUUCUUCUUCAAUUUAGAUCCCGUACUAAUCUUACUAUUAUUGUAAAAGCCCAAAUUUCUUUUUUACUGUCGAGGAUUUCCGUUGAGAAUUACGCUUACUCUGUAACAGAGCUUAACACUUUAUCAAGAUACAACGGACAGGACACCUAUUUUUAUUUAUUAAGACAAUUAGUAAUAGUAAUCAAUACUUUACCCAGAAAAAAUAAUAAUAUUGAGAUACUAAAACAUCUUUUAACUGAAAAAAUCGAAGAAAUUUCUAUUGAUCCGUUACUUUUAAAUAUAUUUCGUGAAGUAUUAAAUUCCAUUGAUAACAAAAGCUUGUUUAAAGAUUUUAAUUUGGAUAGCCUUUUGGGUAGCAAGGGAAUCAAUCUUCCGUUUGCUCUUUCCACGACUACAACUACUGUUAACUCAUUCAAUGAAGUGUUGGCUAAAUUAGGUGUUCAUUCUUCUGCAUCUGGUGAAAUCAUUAAAGAGGUUGAUGUUGCUCGUGCACUUGGUGUUAUGGCUCUUACAACUGCUAAUCUUGAAGAUGAUAGUAGUAACAUUGCCUGGAAUCAAUCAAACGAUCUUUUCGAUAAUAAUAAUUCAAAUUGGAAUGUGGAAAUAUUUGUUUCGUCUUUAUCCGAACUGCAACCUCAUCUAGAUUGGGUAAAAGUUAUAAAACAAUUAGACUACCCCGAGUUUACUAUUAAAGAUACAAAAGGAGUUCAACUAAUUUUAACUGCUUUUAGAAAAGCAGCCAAGGAUCAGCAAAAAUUUCCAAUUCAUUUAUUUUGGGGCAGUUGGAGCAACCUUAAAGGACAAUUUAGUUUUUUACAUCAACUUAUACAACUUUCACCAGAUGCUUUCAAUAUUAAUGAUUAUCCUGUUCAAAAAGUUUUAACUAUUGAUGAUUUUCCUAAUUCUCCCACAAAUUCAAAAUCAUUGUCUGAAAUGUUGACAUCCUGUCCAUGGAAUUCACUUGAAUUAAUUGAAACGUUAAUAAAAAUGGCUGAUACUGAUUUAUUUGAAGAUGUUAGGGUCACUUUUGAGCUAUCCAUUAAGCAAGCUCCAGAAUUAAUAUGUUUAGGUCUAGUUCAAAUUCAGAGACCAUGGAAUUCUUUACAUAUAGAAUUUGUUAACAGAUUAUUAUCAACAUUUUUGACAGGUCAUCUUAAUUCAACAUUGGUGUUGUCUCGUAUAUGGAAUAUUGACAACAAUAUUUUUAUUGAAAAAGUUCAAUAUUUCUUGUUUACCAUUGAUUUAGCAGCUCUUGCAUCUAGAAGAGAAUAUCUAAACUUGGAAAAAUGGCUUCAAGAAAAAAUAAAUGAACACGGUGAAGCAUUUGUUCAUGAUUGUAUGGAGUUUCUUAAACAAAAGAUUACACUAGAAGUUACUCAUGAAACGAAUGGUAAUGAUCAAGCUGUUCGCUUAGCAGAUGAAGUUGUUCUUAAAUUUUUACGAGUUAUCUCCAAUAGUAACAUGACUCCAGAAAAUGAAGAAUACUUUAAAGAAAUUCGUAAAACAUUAGCACAAAUAUAUCCAUCUCUUAGUAUUAUUCCACUUGAUGGUAGUAUUCCUCCUCCAUUAGAACAAUCUUUUCCUGCUGAAAUUGAAGAGAUCGCCAAUCUAUAUUUUGAAAAAGUUUAUCGUCAAGAAAUAGAAAUUGAAGAUAUGAUUAAAGAUUUGCAAAGAUUAAAAAAUUCUCAGAACUCUCGAGAAUCUGAAAUUUUCUCUUGUAUGAUACACAAUCUAUUUGAUGAGUAUCAAUUUUUACCAAAAUACCCCCAAAGAGAAUUGAACCUAACUAGUAUCAUUUUUGGAUCUCUCAUUAAAUAUCAACUUGUGGGAUAUGUAGCACUUGGUGUUGCUCUACGAUAUAUACUAAGUGCCCUUAAGAAUCCUGUAGAUUCUAAAUUUUACAUUUUUGGAAUUCAAGCAUUAAUGCAAUUUCAAUCAAGACUUCUUGAAUGGCCACAAUACUGUUCACAUCUUUUACAAAUUCCACAAUUACAACAAUCUCAUCCAGAUAUUAUUCAAUAUGUUAAUGUAAUCAAUGAUUCUAUGAAUAACCCUGAACAAUCAAAUAGAAUAAUUGAAAAGCCAAUUUUUACGGCAUUAACUUUGGAUACACUUUUAGCAGCUGACAAAGCUGAUUACGAAAUUCCAAGCGAAGCGGUUCAAGAUAAAAUCCUUUUUAUUAUUAAUAAUGUUGCUCAAAGUAAUUUUGAAACUAAAGUUGCUGAAAUGAAAGAAAUUCUCAAAGAAUCACAUUAUAGAUGGUUUGCUAAUUAUUUGGUUGUUAAGAGGGCCAGUAUCGAAUUAAAUUAUCAUCAACUUUACCACCAAUUUCUUGAUGCUCUUGAAAUACCAGAACUUUAUCAUCAUAUUUUGCAUGAAACUUUUUCAAAUAUUAAGGUUCUAUUGAAUUCUGAAAAAACAGUCCAUUCUUCAUCUGAAAGGUCUUUAUUAAAAAAUCUUGGAUCAUGGCUUGGUGGUUUGACACUUGCCAGGAACAAACCUAUCAGGCAUAAAAAUAUAGCAUUUAAGGAAUUGCUAAUACAAGGUUAUGAUAGUAGUAGGUUGAUAGUAGCAAUUCCAUUCGUUUGUAAAGUUCUUGAACAAGCAGGAAAAAGUAAAGUUUUUAAACCACCAAAUCCAUGGUUGAUGGCAAUUAUUAAACUCUUGGUGGAAUUGUAUCACAAUGCUGAAUUAAAACUAAAUUUGAAAUUUGAAGUUGAAGUUUUGUGCAAGAGUUUGAAUAUUGAGCUCAAAGAUAUCAAUCCAACAACUAUUCUCAAAGAUCGACCUCUCAAGGAAUCUGCUGUUUUACAAUCAGAAAGACCCCUAGCAGAAUGGCCUACAAAUAACUCUGUUAAAAUUGAACAUCAAAUACCUAGACCACCAAGCGUUACACUCACACCUAACCCACCAUCUUCAUUACCUUUGAAUGACGAUGUUAUUCCAAAUAUUUCUCAGUAUAUUACAUUCAACCCUACAUUAUCUAUAUUUGUUAAUCAACCAACAUUGAGGAAAAUUGUUUAUUUGGCUAUUGAUAGAGCGAUUAGAGAAAUUAUUGCUCCUGUAGUUGAACGAUCUGUUACUAUUGCAGGCAUUUCUACUCGUGAAUUGAUAUUUAAGGAUUUUGCUAUGGAACCAAAUGAAGAAAAAAUGCGUAAUGCUGCUCAUUUAAUGGUACAAAAUUUGGCAGGAAGCUUAGCCUUAGUUACAUGUAAAGAACCCCUUAAAAUCAGUAUGGCAACACAUUUAAGAACUUUAUUUUUGCAACAUGGUUUUAGUGAGCAAAAUAACAUUGAACAAGCAAUUUUAAUUUUGGUUUCUGAUAACCUUGAGUUGGCAUGUUCAGUUAUUGAAAAAGCAGCAAUGGAUAAAGCGGUGCCUGAGAUUGAUGAAGCAUUAUCAACAACAUUUAGUAAUCGUAAGAAACAUAGAGAGAGAACUGGUCAAUCAUAUUAUGACAUGUAUCCUGGCGUUUCAAGAUAUGCUAAUAAUCUACCUGAUCCUUUACGUUUAAAACCUAAUGGUUUGCAGCCGCAACAAUUACGUGUAUAUGAGGACUUUUCAAGAAUCCUGCGUUUCAAUCCAAUAUAUGAUGAACGUGUACCUAGACUGAAUAUGUCUAGACAAGAUUUUCAAAUUAAUAAUCCAUAUACUAUGCCGGAAAUGCCUUAUGAUUCUGCAGCAGCAAUUUCACAAGUCCCAAUGCAUAUUACUUUUGAAAAGUUUAUGCAAUAUCUUUCUGAAUUAGAUAAAUUAGUCAACAAAACACCACAAGCUUCUUGGGCUGCUUUACCACCUAAUCAUGAAAUAUGCAUCUUGCUCUGA